UAGACCAGACUCUAGGUAUACCCCACGCAGCACUGUGCGGAGCUCACUCUAGGUGGCUUCUUUCUCUCCAUGAAUGUCUCCUCUUCAGACCCUCUACGUUGCUACUUCACACAUAUGCCCAGCUACAUGACCCUUUCACGUCCAUGUCCUUCUACAAUGGCUCCCUCACCUCUAUGGUCCGUUACUGUUUCUCUCCACCCCCUCAGCUCUCUGACCCUCUAUACAGCUCCUCACUGAUACGCUUUCUCUGCAUCAUCUCCUUACCUCUACUGCCCCUCCACAGCAUCUCCUGGUCGUCCUCACCCCUACAGCCAUCGGCAUCCUUUUUGCAGUCCCUCUGCCCUAGGCCCGGACUAGAGACCCUCUUUCUCUGCUCCUUCCCCUCACUGGGACCUCAACGCUGCGAGAGCCAAUUCCCGAGCCCAAAGGAAUACCCGUCUCUAUCGUUCCCCGUGUCUUCACUCUGCCCUACUACUCUGAGCUCCCCCGCGCCGUCCCCUGGCCCCGGGUGACCACUCUCGUCUCUUCCACUUCGCCGGCAACGUGAGUCUCCCGCACACGCUACUCGCCUUGACCUCGGAAGCAAAACUCCGUGAGUUGUCGUCCCGGAACCGGAAGUCUCGAGGUUUAGUCCCGCCCUCUCUCCAAGCCGCUAGGGCUCCGCUGCCUCUUAGUAGCAGCUAUGACUGCGCGCGGGACUCCGAGUCGCUUCUUGGCCAGCGUUCUCCACAACGGAUUGGGUCGCUACGUGCAGCAGCUGCAGCGUCUGAGCUUCAGCGUCAGCCGCGACGGCCCCUCGUCUCGCGGCGCCAGGGAGUUCGUGGAACGGGAGGUGAUCGACUUCGCCCGACGGAACCCAGGGGUAGUAAUAUAUGUGAACUCGCGUCCGUGCUGCGUGCCCAGAGUAGUGGCCGAAUACCUUAACGGGGCUGUGCGCGAGGAGAGCAUCCACUGCAAGUCGGUCGAAGAGAUCUCGACGCUGGUGCAGAAGCUGGCCAACCAGUCGGGCUUGGAUGUGAUCCGCAUCCGCAAGCCCUUCCACACCGACAACCCUAGCAUCCAGGGCCAGUGGCACCCCUUCACCAACAAAUCGACUACGUUCCACGGGCUACGCCCCCGAGAGGUCCAGGAUCCGGCCUCAGCUCAGCUGCAAGCACAGUGAAGAGGUCCCACCAACUCCAACCCCAGGCUUUGGACUGGUUCUCCAGUAGAGGUGGUUCUUCCUCUUUGGGAGUCCAAGCCCAGGUAGACAAAUGGAACCCGUCAAUGGGGAAGCUGACACAGGUUCUCCUUGGGAUAAAGAAGAGCUGCCUAUUUCCAGUGCCUGCUUCUGGGGGCAGUGACCUUUGUGAACCCUUAAUUUUUAUCCAAGUGGCAUCCCUAAAACCUGAGAUGAGGGACUUCAAGGGUUUUCCAGGGCCCUUGAUUUUGAAGUCCAAAUUGAUAAUAAUGAUCUCAGAACACAAUGAGAGGUCUCAAGGCUGGCUUCUGAAGAAUCCGAUAUCUUGUUGGUACAACAACUGAGCUAUAGAGAGCUCUUCUCUGCUCUGAUGGGCUAGGCACUUCCUAUCUGUGUGAAUGUUUGUUUAAGGAUUUAUAAAACCGAGAUUAAUAAACUUACCCAAGGUCAUUUCA